AGUAGUUGCCUUGCAUUUUCCGCUAAUAGCACAAGUCUUGAGAAAAUGACACGAUUCUCUCGCUUGCUCCAUCCAACCAAACGUCAAAUGUGUAUGAGCGUGCGUGGAUGGGAAAAUUUUGCUCGAGUUCGAUUUUUGUGUGCGUUUCUUUUUCUUUCGUUCGAAAAGGAUAAAUUCGUAUUUGCGUAAGUGAAUCGUGAUAAUGACAAUGUUGUCAUGCCCAUUGUGUUGUCAAUCGUGUUUUUCCAGUGUCGAUCUAUUACAUGCCAGUUUGAUCAGUGUAUUGAAUCGACCAUUGAUGUGUCCCAUAUGUAACGAUAUACAACACAGUAUCGCCGAUUUGGCAACACAUUUGACACAGCACAUUGAGAUACCCAGCCAAAUUGGUCACAGUGUACCUGCGCGUGACGCAAACAUCGUCAUUCAGAACAUAAAUAUAAACAAUGAAACGACGGCGAGUGAAUCAAAGCAAAGUGGAGUAAAUCAAUUCGAUGCGACGGAGCAGCGAAUAAUAAGUGAUGGAAAUGUGACACAAAAAUUAGAUGCUACGUCACCAGUGUUGUUGUCGGUGCACGACGUUGAGCAGCCAAGUAUUAAUAAUUCUAACCAUAUCGAUCGAAUCAUUCGACCGCCAUACGUUUGCAAUUUAUGCAAUUGUUCGUUUCGUACGCAAGAGCUACAACAAAUGCAUAUGCAAUUGGUGCACGAGAUAAAUAUCCGUCCUUCGAGCGAAGACAGUGAAUUAGCUAACGCACAUGUAAUUUCACCGACCAUGCUACAGUGUUAUUUGUGUCCGAAACGUUUUAAAAUGAUUGGUUCGUUGCGUUUACAUGUUCGCAUGGUUCACGGUGUAUCGCAUGCAUCGCCGCAAAAAAUAUGCACAACACCCGAUGCACACGAAAUGGAGAAUAAUAAUUUGGUGCAAUCGACAGGAAACAAUGAAAACGAAACGAGAACAGGUGAUUUGAUACCAUCAGCAUCGUCAACAACAACAACAACAGCAGCAGCGACGCAUGUGAACUCAACCAAUCUACCACUCGUUCAUAACAAUCAAUGUGAUUACUACAGUAAUUAUGGUCGAAGUGAUGUUGUUACUUUUGGCUGUGGUGGCAGUGGAAACGGCAGCAGUAAACAAAAAGACAUUGGAAGCCCAACAACCAACGGAAACAAUAACAGUAAAGAGAUGAUCGUCGUCGUCAGCAGCACCGAAGAUCGUGUUCAUAAAUGUGAUUUUUGCAAUAAACGCUUUACGACCAAAUACUUUUUAAAGAAGCACAAGCGAUUGCAUACAGGUGAAAUGCCGUACACAUGCGAGCUGUGUCAUCGAACGUUUACAUUUCAACAGUCAUAUCAUCGACACUUAUCGUAUCACACAAAUGAUCGGCCACAUAGUUGCUCGAUUUGCGGACGUGCCUUCAAAGAACUGUCCACAUUACACAAUCAUCAAAGAAUCCAUAGCGGCGAAAAACCGUUUGAAUGCGAAACAUGCGGUAAGUGCUUUCGUCAGCGAGUCUCGUAUUUGGUUCAUCGACGCAUUCAUACCGGAGUUAUGCCGUACAAUUGUACAAUGUGUGAUAAAAAAUUCCGCUAUAAAAUUUCGUUGCGAACACACAAAUGCAGUGGAUUUGUAGUGAACGAGCUGACAGCGUCAGCACGGAACAACAAUGAUGCGACCUUCAUGGAUAACGAUGACGAUGACCAACCGAAUAAUAUGUCAGCAUGUUCGCCGUCACUGGAUGAACUCAUCAGUGAAUCAUGUAAUCGAAUGGGUAUCGUCGAUCAAAUCGAAUCAAAUCCGUCCGAAUCAACGGCAUCAUUGUAUGCGAACAAUUCCGAAAAUGGCAUCAAUCCAAACCAGUCGUCGUUGUCGUCGCCGUCGUCAAUGCUUCAUUUUGAAUGUGAUUCGUUUAAUUUGAAUGAUUUGGGCUUUUGCACGGGCGAAACCGGUGCCAGCACCGAUUUGGCAAAUGUUAUGCCAUCAAUGAACGAAAUAUUCCCACAAACUAUGGAAAUCCUGAACGCACUGUACGAUAAUGUAAACAAUGUGAACAACGGUGACCUGCAGCAAUUUUAUGACACCACUACCACCACCGCAUCGCCACAACAGCCACAAUAGUGACAAUCAUUAAUUUGUGUGUAUUGUUCGGGAUAGUUUGAAUAAAAGAAAAAAAAAUGGAGAGAUUAUUUUACGUAAAAA